CUUGGCUGUGGCUGAGGGCAGACUUGUGAAGCCCCCUUCCACCUUCUGCCUCUGGCCUCUGAUCCCGCUUCCUCCAGAAUCAGUUCUGGGAUGGCAGCCCUCUGCUCCUGAAACUCCCUCAGGCACCUGAGUCACCUGCAGUUUUGGCUUCUGAGUUCUCUCCUGACUCCACAGCUCUGGCUGUGGGGGCCUGAAGGGCAAGUGGGAGGGGAAGGACCUGUGUUGUGGAGUUGCCAAGGGUUGCUGGGGCAAACACUCCUCCCUUCCGGGAUCCAUCCCUCCAGUCCAGCUCUGGCUUAACCUGACAGCGUUGUUACUGUGAGCACGUGCUGAGUGUGGGGUGCCCCCGAGUCAUCAGGAAGAGCGGCCGACAGGGUGUUGCAAACUCAGGCAAACUCCCUAAGCGUGGACUACAGGGGUAGAUGUAGAGCCAGGCUGUGGUCAGAAAGGCCUCAUCCUACCCCGGGGCUCUUCAGCCAGGGUUCAUUUCCCCCCCUUGUGGAAUGGCUGGAUGACUGGCCAUUUGUGAACAAGUCACAGAGGCCUAGGAUAUGGGGGAGACCUUGAGGCUGCGGGGGUGGUGGCUCAGGAAUCCAGGGUCUGGGCCCACAGGAAGGAACACGUCAUGGCUCUGCCUCCCCAUCAGCCUCAACAAGGACAAACAUUUCCGCUGUCGGCGCAGAGUUAGGGUGGGGCUUGGAUGACUUCCUCAGUUCAGGGUUAUGUGCGGGGGAGGGGAGGCCCAUUGGCUCAGCUGGUAGGAACCAGGCUUAAAAAGUGGCAAUGACUCGGCAGUGAACCCCGAGUCCAGCCUCAUGACCCUUGCUGACCCAAGUGUCCUGGGGCUUGUCCCUAGCUGGCUACAUAUUGUGUGGCCUAGUACCUAGAUUUCCCCGAUGAGGCAUUUCUGAGAUGGCAGAGGCUGUGACACCUCUGCCAGAGCUGACACUCAUGUGACUUCCCUCUGGCAGGGACGGGACUGUCCCCUCCCAAACAAGCCAGGUCUGGGUCCUGGAAACCCGUCUAUGGGGGCGAGGAUUUUCCCUGUUGAGUGGGGGUUUCCCAGGCCUGGCUAACAGGAUCCUGACCCUGUGUGCCUGUGGAGGAGGGAAGGGUUAGGAGGGCAGGGAGUUUGAACUCUGAACCUAGGGCAGGCCGGGGUUCAGGGGCUAAGACCCUUGGAUGGUGCUUAGUGCUCCUCUAAGGGCUGAAGUUUUCCCUGGGCUUGCCGGGAGAUGGGUGGAGUCUAUUCUCAGGCCGGCUCCAGUUUCCAUGGAAACCUACAGGCUUCCCACCCCGGCGCUGCCUGGGCAGACUCCCAGCCAGGGCCUCUUUCGCCGCCAGCCAGCCAGCCAGCCAGCCAGCCUCUUCCCAGGACCACGGGCCGCUCUAGCCUUGGCUUCUCCUGGCCCCUCCCUGUGUCUGUUCCUGUCCCUCAGCCUCUGGCCCCUGAUGCUUUCAGGAGCCUGGGCCUCUCCUGCUCCACUCUUAAACCUCAGCUUCUCAGCAAACAGGCCUCCCAAGUCCCUGCUUCUCCCUCUGGGGCCUUGCUACUCUCACCAGCUCUAGGGCCUGGUCAGACUUCCCAGGCCCCCUCCUUCACCCCUAACCCUUCUCACCCAUGGAUCCCCCGGGACUGGUCGUGCAUGGGAAAGCUGAACCCUUUUCCGCAGCACUCCGAAGCCUCGUCAACAACCCGCAAUACAGUGAUGUUCGCUUCGUGGUCGGUCAAGAACAGCAGGAGAUAUUUGCCCAUCGGUGCUUGUUGGCCUGUAGAUGCAACUUCUUCCAGCGACUUCUGGGCACAGAGCCAGGCCCUGGGGUGCCUAGUCCUGUGGUGCUAAGCACUGUGCCAACUGAGGCCUUCCUGGCAGUGCUGGAGUUCCUAUAUACCAACAGUGUCAAGCUGCACCGCCACUCUGUGCUGGAAGUGCUGACAGCGGCUGUGGAGUAUGGGCUGGAGGAACUGAGAGAGCUGUGCCUGCAGUUUGUGGUGAAGGUGCUGGAUGUGGAGUUGGUUUGUGAAGCCCUGCAGGUGGCCGUAACCUUUGGCCUGGGGCCGCUGCAGGAGCAUUGCGUGGCUUUCAUAGAGGCCCACAGCCAGGAGGCCCUCCGGACCCGAGGCUUCCUGGAGCUGUCGGCGGCCGCGCUGCUGCUUCUGCUACGCAGCGACAAGCUCUGCGUGGACGAGGCUGAACUGGUCCGCGCGGCCCGGAGCUGGGCGCGCGUGGGCGCAGCGGUGCUGGAGCGGCCGGUGGCCGAGGUGGCGGCCCCCGUGGUGAAAGAGCUGAGACUAGCCUUGCUGGCCCCGGUGGAGCUGAGCGUCCUCGAAGAGCAGAACCGGCAGGAGCCCCUCAUCCCGGUGGAGCAGAUCGUGGAGGCGUGGAAGUGCCACGCCCUGCGGAGAGGGGAUGAGGCCCGGGGCACCCCAUGUCGCCGCCGGAAAGGCACCCUGCCCCGGGAGCAUCACCGCUUUCUGGACCUGGGUUUCAAAUGACCCAGUGUCGGGACUCGCGGGGGGAGCCCUGGGCCCGCCCAGCUGAGCCUGCCCCAAACUACAACUCCCGACGUGCUCGGCGUUCCGGAUCGCGCUUCCGUUCCCGGCGUGCUCAGCGGGCUGGGAGCCGGAAGGACCGUUGUCUGCCACGCAUAGACCUUUGUGACGGGUCGAGCCGGUGUGGGCGAGGUGGGGCCGGGCAGGGCUUGGGCUGAGCCUCUCUGCGGUGGCGAAACUCGAAAACGCAGAUUUCUUUCGCUCGACGCCCUCACUCUACGCCCUGUCUCUGGGCAUUGUCGCCCAGCAGUCUAUUCUGAUGACUCAUAUUAUCUAUCUGUUCAGCUCAACUCCCUCUUUCAUUCCAGACCUGCCUCCUGGAGAUCACUACCUGAAUGUCCCUCAGACACCAAAGGCUCCUUGCGAAAUUGGUCUCCCCAGCUUUCCCCAGCUCUGCCCCCAUCGUGUUUUUCACUUCCGUGGGCGCCCACGCCAGAAACCUGGAUCUCAUCCUUGCCUAUUCCUCUUCCUCACACCUGCCUCAGGUCGCUUUUACCUUGUAAGAGACCUUUGCAGUUGGUUUCGUUCUCUCAGCCCCAGGUUCAGCCUGUCCUGUCUGACACGUCUCAGUCUUCCUGCCUUCACUCCAGCACCCCCUCAAUCCAUUUCUCACAGUGCAGCCAGACCUGUCUAUGAUGGUCAGUCCUAUGGCCCUUAAGUCCUGGAAUAUCCCAUUGACCUUCUGGACAAAAUUCAAUCUAUUUCACUUUCAAGGCACAACUUAGUAAGUGGUUCCUAAAUACUAGCAACUCUUCUUUCAAAUACGAUCUUUGCAUAACUUCCCUCAUCCUGGAGGUAUUAGUCCUCUAGCUCCCUGUUUACUUAGUUAUUGCAGACCCUCUGCUAUCUCCUUCGUUCACCAUACAUCUUGUUUUCCUGAGGUUGGAAAUCUCCCUGGAGAAAGAUCCCUGGGGAUUGGAGUGACGUCUUACUCAUUUCUGCUUCCGCAGUCUCUGUCAGAUAAUCAGCACUCUGUAAAUGUUAAGUAAAUGA